AUGAUCGAUGGCAUGCGCCAAACGUGGGGCGACGAGCACAACUACGUCAUCUGCCACACUGACCACGAAUACCAGUGGAAUGGCGCCGAGGGUGCGGACUGGGGACAUGCCCACUACGAGCUCGACAUCCAGAUUGGCGGAACGGUGGGCUAUGAAGUGUACGGCAGCAACGUGGGCGGCUACUUUAAGGGCAAGGGCGACGGCGGCUACCUUAACUGUGAGUCUCUUGUUUGUUCAAGGCCCGGCCUGAGCUGA